AUGGGUACGGUUAAGCAAAAGAUUGCGGCUUUGAAGAAUGAUGAGAAGUUCAUCUCUUUUGAAUUCUUUCCUCCAAAAACUGAAGCAGGAUUCAGAAACUUGUAUGCGAGAUUGCAACGUAUGCUGGCAUUAAAUCCACUCUUUGUUACUGUUACAUGGGGUGCUGGGGGAUCAACCAGUGAAAAGUCCUUGGAUUUGGCAGCAACAUGUCAAAAGGAGUUGGGUUUAACUACCAUUUUGCACUUGACUUGUACCAAUACCAACAAAGAAAUCAUCGACAAAGCCCUAGCUCGUGCUAAGGAAAAUGGUAUCAGUAACAUUUUGGCGCUUAGAGGAGAUCCUCCUAGAGCUGAAGAAUAUUGGACUCCUAAUUGUGAUUUCAACUAUGCGGUGGAUUUGGUCAGAUACAUUAAAGAGCAAUAUGGAGACUACUUUUGUGUUGGCGUAGCUGGUUAUCCUGAAGGUCACGUUGAUGGCCUGGAUAACACUCUCCAGGAUCCUCAAAAGGAUUUGCCUUAUUUGCUUGAGAAAGUAGAAGCUGGUGCAGAUUUCAUUAUCACCCAAUUGUUUUAUGAUGUUGAUAAGUUUAUUUCCUAUGAAAAUUUGCUUAGAUCAGUUCCUCAAUUGAAAGAAAUUGCAUUGAUCCCUGGCCUAAUGCCCGUAACAACUUUCAAAGUGUUCACUAGAGCUACAAGGUUAUCUCAUGCAACUAUUCCCUCCGACAUCUUAACCAAAUUUGAAAGAAUAGGUGCGGAUGAUGACCAAGUUAAAGAAUUAGGUGUUCAGGUAUUGACAAACAUCAUUUCAACUAUUAAUCAACGUACAGAAGGAAGAAUUAAGGGUUAUCAUUUCUACACUUUAAAUUUGGAAAAAGCUGUUGCCUCGGUGGUUGAACACUCAAGUGUAUUGUUACCUAUUUUGAAUGCUACAGCAAGUAAUCCUGCAAGAGAUAACGAUGAUGCUAUUGCUUCAGAUUCCGAUGAUGACCUCCCAGUUGUCAAAAUCCAACAGAAGUCAAGGGGACAAAUGAAGGACACUGAGAAACAGGCUUUGAGAGAAAUCAGUGUUGGCAAGGGAAUUUUGAAUAAGGAUGCUAUUUGGGAUGAUUUUCCUAAUGGUAGAUUCGGUGAUUCCAAUUCUCCAGCGUAUGGUGAAAUCGAUGGUUAUGGACCAAACUUGAAGAUUUCAACCGAGGAAGCUUAUGCUACGUGGGGUUAUCCUAAAACCACUAAAGAUCUUAUUUCCAUUUUCAUUGGCUAUUUAACCGGAAAGAUUAAUGUUCUUCCAUGGGUUAGUGGUGAAUUAUCUGCCGAAACUGGUGUUAUUCAAGAAGAACUUUUCGAAUUGAAUGAAAAGGGAUGGUUUUCUUUGGCUUCGCAACCAGCAAUCGAUGGGUGCCCUUCGAAAGAUAAAAUCUUUGGUUGGGGUCCAAAUAAUGGACUUAUUUAUCAAAAAGCCUUUGUUGAGUUGUUCAUUCCCAAGGAAACAUGGGAUAAUGAGUUAAAGCUAAGAUUGAAAGAACAAUUAGAUGAUCGUACUAUUACUUAUUUUGCGGGUGAUUCAAAGGGGAAUAUCACUUCAAACUUACCAUUGAACAACUAUAAGGCUGCUAAAAAUGCUGUUACUUGGGGUGUUUUCCCACUUAAGGAAAUCGUCCAAUCUACCAUUAUUGAUAACAAUUCCUUCGAAGCUUGGAAUGAAGAGGCCUUCCUUUUGUGGUUGGAGUGGUCACGUUUAUAUAAAUUAAAGACCGAUUCAUAUGAGUUGUUGAACGAUGUUUACAACAACUAUUAUUUGGUCAGUUUGAUUCACCAUGACUUUAAAGACGAAAGAGCUUUGUGGACAACUUUGUUAGGUGAAUAA